AUGUACGUGCAGGGCGAGAUAAGCGGUUUGAUGCGUUUGCAAGAUAAAUUUUUUAAUAAAGAUACAGCAUUCACUAUCGAAGAACGACAAUUGUUGGGCAUACACGGUCUCUUGCCGCCCGUUGUACGAAAUAUUGAAGAUCAAGUUGAACUUUGUUUGAUGCAAUUUCUCGAUAUCGAUGACGAUCUGUCGAAAUACACUUACAUGAUACGUUUAGGUGCACGCAACGAACGUUUAUUCUACAAGUUGCUCGCAACGCACGGAGACAAAUGCUUGCCAUUCGUUUAUACGCCGACCGUGGGAUUGGCUUGUCUAAAUGCUUCUUAUGUUUUUCAAUUCCCGGUUGUUCUAUUUAUCACUAUAGAGGACAAAGGACAUAUAUAUAAUGUAUUAAAAAAUUGGCCACAACCUGAUGUGAGGGCUAUUUGCGUCACUGAUGGAGGCCGAAUUUUAGGCUUUGGCGAUAUGGGCGCCCAUGGUUAUCCUAUACCGAAAGGCAAGGUAACGCUGUAUACGGCAUUGGGAGGCGUUAGACCGCAUUAUUGUUUGCCUAUUUGCUUGGACGUGGGUUGCAAUAAGUCACAGGUCAGGGAAGAUCCUCUUUACAUGGGUUUAAAGCGUAAACGGCCUCCGCGGGCUGAAUAUGACGAAUUCGUCGAUGAAUUCAUGGAAGCUGUGGUGAGUCGUUACGGGCCAAAUUGCUUAGUACAGUUUGAGGAUAUCGGUAAUGCAGAUGCCUUUCGUUUACUUACGAAAUAUCGCUACAAAUAUGCAACGUUUAAUGAUGAUAUACAAGGAGCGGGUGUCGUUGCAUUGGCCGCUUUAACGUCUGCAAUGAGUAUCAGUAAUACUAAAUUGGAAGAUCAAAGAGUUCUCUUUCAAGGGGCUGGAGAAGCUGCUCUAGGUAUCGCAAAUCUUUUAUUUGUUGCUUUAAAAGGGGAAGGUUUGGAUGACAAUGAAGCUCGUUCACGUAUCUGGCUACGCGAUAGUAAAGGUUUGGUUGCAUACAACCGUCCACAGGGCCAUCUGACUGAGUAUAAAUUAACGUUUGCCCGAAAGAGAGCACAUAUAGAAAAAUUAGAAGACUGCAUCCGUGAAUUCAAGCCAACUGUCUUGAUUGGUGUCUCUGCUCAGUCUGGCGCAUUUAGCAGAGAGGUUCUUGAGUUAAUGGCUUUAUAUAAUAAGAGACCUAUAAUAUUUGCCAUGUCCAAUCCGCCCAGUAAAUGCGAAUGUUCAGCUGAGUCGGCAUUUCGACAUACGAGAGGUAAAUGCCUUUUUGCUACGGGCUCGCCUUCGCCAGCACUUGAAUACGCUGGCGAAAUGUAUCAUGUCACUCAAGUGAACAGCUUAUAUGGAUUUCCUGGUAUUGUUAUGGGGGCGAUAGCUUGUUGCAUUUCACAUUUAACGCCUGCCAUUUUUCUUGUUGCUUCUCACACGAUAUCUAGUCUUUGCACCGAUGAUGAUUAUCGUCAGUGUAGCUUGUUACCUCCUCUAAAUAAACUAACCUCAUGUGCCUUCGAAAUUGCAUGCAACGUUGUUGAGUAUGCUUAUAAAAGCAACUUGGCUAGAAGAAAACCCGAACCAACUGACAUUAGGGCUUUCGUUAAGCAUCAAAUGUAUGAUUUAAAUUAUGAAUCGGCCAUAAAGACAUGGCUGCAGGAAUACGAGAAAUAAGAGAUGCAACUGAUGGAUUUCAAAUUUUCUUAUAUAUUUCGUAUUUCUUCUUUCAUUUUGAUUCGUUAAAAAU